AACAACUGUCGACACCUGUCCAACAGCAUAAAAUACAUCAACAUGCAUUCUUCAGUGUCUACCUUCAAGGUCGGUGACUACGUGGUUGGAGAGCAACUGGGGAGGGGAGCUUUUGGUCAAGUCCACAAGGCCUACUCUAUAUACCAAGAUCCUGUCAGAAUCUGUGCUGCCAAAAAACUGUCUGCAGAAUCGGACUACCAAAUGACUGGAGCCAUCAAAGAACUCAACAUCUUGGAAAACCUUAAACCUCACCAACAUAUCGCAAAAUUUAUAGAGCAUAAGGUACUCUAUACCCCCUCUCAUAAUUGCAUUUGGCUUUUUCUUGAAUUUUGCGAUGGUGGGACUCUUGGUGACUACGUUUUCCGCAAUCCGAGAGAUGUUCCCGCCAAACGACAACUGGCCUUCCAGUUGGCCGACGCCGUAGCGUUCCUACACGAUCAGCACAUCGUCCACAGGGAUCUCAAACCGCAGAACUUAAUGAUAAAAGACGGCACUGAUUUCCCCAUUCUAAAGGUGGUGGACUUCGGCCUUGCUACCGUGUGUUCACGUUUAGAUCCUACUAAAGUACACGACUACUUUUCCGGGUCCCUUGGGGGAACACUUUUCUAUGUCGCCCCCGAAGUCCUGAGCGCCGGUCAAAACUGGACUACGGCGGUUGACGUAUUUUCCAUGGGGCUUUUGUUUUGGGCUAUGUUUGAUAAUCUCAAUGCUUGUAGCAAUACCGACCUGGAGCCCUAUCUAGCCCCUUUUGUGAAAAGUCCGACGGGUGCAGGUUAUAAUUAUUCCGAGCCCAUAGGUCAAGUUUUGGCGCGAGGAGGAAGCGUUGAUCAUAAUGAAGUCAUGAGAAACGAUCCACAGCGCCGAAACCUUGUCUUCACCAUGAUAGACCCAGAUUACAAGAACAGGCCCACUGCUAGCGAAGUCUUCAAUAACCUAAAGAUGAUUGAAGACGGUUAUACCGGCUAUACAGAUACAGAAGACCGAAACGACCUAGACGAGUCGUACCAACACGGAAAUGUCGACAGAAGUCCAUCUGUAGACACAAUUCAAAACGAACACAAAAAUGCAUGCUGCCAAAUAUUUUCUACCAUCUUCCUAUCCUUGCUGUACUGCUUGAUUCAACUCAUGAAAGCGGUUGUCCUACUCAUCAUAACCAUUCCGUUUAUACUGGUCGUGAUACUGAAUGUAUUACUCGCUCUAUACGUGUUCUUCUUCUAUCUUUGCUGCAGUGAUAGCGAAUGCUUGGCCUAUGUUGUCAAGUUUAAAAUGGUUCCGCCUGCAUUUGAGCAUUAUAAGAAUGUCUGUUCUCGUGUGGUGAAUUUCCAGAAGUCUUUUCCACCAUGCAGUUGAUCAAAACUUUGUUCAGUCAAUUGUACAGAUAGAUUUUUAAAGAUGACUUACAUGACCUAAGCGCCAUCCUUGUUCAGCAC